GUUCAGGCAAGUUAAGAAAAGCGCUAUGGUUCUUCUAUUAGUUUAGUGUGGAUGCUAAUGCUAAUGCUAAUGCUAGCGAUAAGCUAAGCUAGUUAGUGACAUAAAUGACAGUCGUGUCAUUUUUAAAAUCCGGUAUCACUUUUAAAACGGUUAUUUAUUCAGUAGAAUUGUAGCUUUCCCUUAUUAGCAGUAUUUUAUUCUAUAGUUAACUUUUCAAAUGCAGUGUUGCAAGCUGAAGCUGUUAGCUUGUUAGCCAAACAGUGGGUUAAAGAGACUUCAGGCAUUGCUUUUAUUCUACAGUUAACAUGUUAGCAACCGGCUGAUUGUGUGGUGCAGAAGGAACGAUGGUUGAUUUAAUGAUAUAUUUAGAGAUUUUCAGUGGAAAUGCUGCUUGUUUUUAGCCGUGUGUAAUAAACAAUGAGCGGUUGAAAGAAUAAUAAAACGUCUGGUCCGGACAGAGCAGUGAAGCACAGAUUCAGAGGAACAGUUAUGGCUUGGUUUGGUGCCAGAUGAUGUCUUGAAUCAGGAUCUUCUUCAUCCUCAGAGUCUGAACAGAAGAUGAAGGUGCAUGUUGUUGCGGGUGAUAAAAGUGAGACAGCUCCUCCAUCACACACGCUGAAUUACACCAUCCAGGGUCAAAAUGACAUAGCUGCGCUUGAGGACAGAAAGAAACACCUGGAUUUUGAGGACCAUCUUUGUAGGAGCAUGCUGUUUGACCAGGCUGGGUCAAAAUAUCUUGGAAAUGAAUGUUUACAAAUUUCGGAAAAACUGUGCACCAGACCAGUGGCAGAGUCACAAAGUGUGAUAUCGCACUGUGAUUUGGACAUGCUGGAACUCUCAGAGGACAGCUGUUCUGUACCUGAAUACAACGAUAAUGAUCAUAAUGACCGUUUCACACCAGAAGUAGAGCAGGCCCAUAGAAUAUUCCAGAGUUUACUUCUGGAGAAACACAAAGCUGUGACCGCCCCGUUUUGGGUCCCUGUUGGACAUCAAGUUGGAAACGAUAUGUGUUUAAAAAAGAUAGACACGAAGUUCAGCAAGCGGGAAUACGAAAGCAUCACUGAAUUUGUGGCAGAUUUCCGCCAGAUGUUAGAAAACUGCUAUAGAUUUCAUGGUGUUGAUCACUGGAUUUCCAAACAAGCACAAAAACUGGAGAUAAUCCUGGAACAAAAAUUAACUCUGCUCUCAAGGACACUGAGAGAAAAAACAGCCUUGGUCGUGACUUCUAGGGGUCGUUUUGGCACUGAAGAUGAAAAAGCACCGGUUGGCACUUCAACCCGACGCCGAUCUGUGCCUCGAAACUUGGCUGCCAUUUCUGUGUGUGGCUCUGAAUCCAUCAUGGUACAGGCACUUCGGUUGGAGGAGCAGCAAAGGGCAAAGGAGGAAAAACGGCAGCGAGACCUGGAGAAAAAGGAGGCUGGAGAGGCUUCAGCCAAAGAAGUGGAAGAAUGGGAGUGCUCAUUGCUCUCACUUGCAGAACCGUGGCCUAUCAGCACUAUGUGGGAACUUCCUGCUAUCGGUCACUUCUUGUGCCUGGCCCAGACAGCGCUGAACCUCCCAGAGAUUGUGUUCUUCGAAUUAGAACGCUGCCUGCUAAUGCCUCGAUGUAGCUCUUUCUUGGCAAAGAUUAUGACCUCUCUGCUUUGCCCCUCACACCGAAGAGUAACACUUCACAGGCACCCAGCGCUGCCUUACCGUCGCUGGGAGAUGGAGUUGCGGCAAAAAGUCUUGGGAUGGUACCAGUCUAUAGGUCGAGCCAAGGACCAAGAGGCUUGUGCUGAACAUCUAGGACUUUGUCAUCGUUUUUUCUGGACCCUGGGCGAAACAAGUCCCUUGGAAGAGAAACCAUUCCAUUUGUUGCCAUUCAACCAACGUGUUUGGCUGCUUAAGGGCCUUUGCGACAAUGUCUAUGAGACUCAGAAGGAUGUGCAGGAUGCUGUGCUCGGACAGCCUAUUCAUGAGUGCCGAGAGUCCAUCUUGGGCUAUGACAGUCAAGAGAACACUUAUAUACACUUCCCACAUUUCUGCGGCGCAGAUCUGCGUAUAUACUGCCAGAGUCCAUGUUUACCACUGGAAUUCCCCUUACCAUCUUUCUCUGUGAAGAAACUAGAGCCUGAAAUGGUAGACAGGACAGAGGAGAACUUGGGCACUUGUCCCAAAGUCAAAGCAGGGAACUGGGAAUUAUGUUUGAGAGUCCGAGAUCAUGGCUCGGAAGAUAGCAAGGUAGAUUGGAAAGGGCUUGACAAAUUUCAGCUCCCUUGUAAGGAGGAGUUGUCAAGUCCUGGAAUAAUCAGAGACAAACCCCUGGAGGUAAAAGAAACUCUUGAAUUAACAGAAGACAAAGAUGCAGACUAUGAACCUUCCCUUAGAGAUAGCAUGAAUUGCUACAAUGGCAAAUUUCCUGCUAAUUCUCUGAGUUCAAAUGCUUUUGAAGCUUCCCUACCAUCAGAAAUAGGUUCCACAGUAAAGAACGAAGCAUCUCACCAAAAUAGACAUCCUUGCCCCAAAUGUUAUAUGGAUUCUUGUGAAGAUCCAGAGCUUCACUCAUGCAUUUGUUUCACAGCUGAAUCUGACAGGGCUGCUUCUGAGAUUUUUCGACAACCAAGCCACUCAAGAGAUGAAACGGGGAAAAUACAGCCUAAGAAAAAGAGACGAAAGAACAAGAAGGAAAAAUUGCUUGGAGUCAAGGCUAGGACAGGCAAGCUUGGUCUGAAAAGGCUUAGACGGGCCAGAGUGGCCAAAAGGACCAUGUGCAAAGCUGCUGCUGACUUGAAGAGAAAGGAUAAAAGAAAGACACAGACGUUAGGAAGAAAGUUUGUUCCCAAGAAAAUUCAGGAAAAAAAUGAGGAUCACCCACCACAGCUCCCAGUGGAGCCAUCAUUUAAGUUGGUCUGCACAGGUUUGGAUGAACUGAGGGAUCUCAUCAGUAAAACAGAAGAUGAGCUAGACGAGUUGGAGAGCACCAAAAAGAGAUGUGAAAGGUGGUACAUUAAGAGAGAAGCAGUAAAGGAGCUUCACAUUACUCUUAUAAGACUGCUGAAUGAGCUGUUGCCAUGGGAACCCAAAUUACUAAAGGCAUUUCACAGAAACAGGGCCCGAAUGAAAAAGGAAAGCGAUGACUUUAAAAAACAGCCUGAAUGUGAAAACUUUGUCCGAGAGGAAUGGAUAGCACUUAAAGUAGACGGAGAUGCAUACAAAGAAGGCUCGUCAUCCACAGAGAUAAGCAGAGAAUUGAAGGAUGAGAACAAAAUCGAGAGGCUUUUGGGAGGCUCUGGCACAACAGACUGUGAAAAUCAUUUUGGAAAUGACUCGUUAGCACACUUAAUCAGCAGACCAGAAAUGAACUCAUCUUUGAGUGAAACUGGACCUUUGACUCGAAGCUCGAAGCGUCGUCAGAGCAGUGUCCAAGAUGUGGAUUUCAGUCUAAGCAAAAAAGGAAAGAUGGUCGCUGAUGAUCCUGUUACCCCUGAACCUCAAACAAAGGUUAUAUCCAGGGACCAAACUAUAGCAGGGGCAAGUACUUCAACCACUGAAAUAACGUCAGUAACAACUGCACCUUUGGGUGGUAUUCAGAGGCGCUGUAAUCCAAUUCAGGCAUUGCUGGCCAAGCAUGUUGGAAAUAAAGUAACCCUUAUAAGUCAUCCACAGGCACCUGUGGUGGAUAAAACUUUGCAAGGUCCAAAUAAGACCGUUUCUGCAACUUUAACUACAACCAAUCCCACAGCGGUUUGUCAGCCUAUACCACAACCAGUACCUGUCUCCAUGCAAACUAACACACCAUCAUCUGCCCAGUGUCCUAUUCAGAUUGUAUAUAAGGCCCCAGAAGGCUUGAGUUUGGUUAGUAAAAACAGCAAGUUUUCAGUGCAGCCUGCCAUUCCUCAGAAAACAGGGGAGAAAGCAUUGCAGCAGGUUAUUAUCCUUCCCACAAAUCUACUCAUUCAAAAGACUGAGGAAAAAGGAGAACAGCAGCCAUCUAGUAUUACUGCUGUUGCCACAACCAAGCCUGUUGCACUAUUGUCCAAUAUUUCAGGGUUCACUGUGCCAGAAAACAAGAUUCCGGUCCAGCAAGUGUCUCCAUUAAAAAAUAUUAGCACUGUAAUGACCUCAUCUACUGUUUCACCUAGCUUGCAAAAAUCAAUGUCUUGUGGAAUAUCACCCGUUUUUAAAAAGAAUGCUGAACCAAGUUCAACCCUAAAGCGAUCCACUACAUCUACUUCAGCCACUACUGAUCCCAACAAAUGUGAUCUUAAUCAAGAGUUGAAGACAGUGUGCAUCAGAGACUCACAGUCUAUUCUCGUCACAACCAGAGGAGGAAACACAGGAGUGGUGAAGGUACAGACUUCAGAAAGCAGUGGUGCAAGUGUUUUACCAUCCAGCCCUAUUUUCACUCUCCCGCCUAAGUUUCAAGCUUUUCUUGUGUCCCAGGCAUCUGCUGUAGCAAACUCCACUGCUCAAACUAUGUCAACUGCCAAGUUAUUGCCGGUUGUCUCCUCUCUAAACGACAAGGGAAUCUCUUUUAACUCAGCACUCCUGUCGCCUGUAAAAUGUUCUAAUCCAGCUAACCAAUCCCCUCUGAUGGAAACAUUAAGUGGUUCAGUAUCAUUUAACAAUGAGUUGCCUUUUUCUGUAGGGUCUGUUUCUGGCAAUGCAGCAAAAGGUGCCCAGAUAUUAAUUGGUAUUAACUCACUAGGUCCAUCCAACUCCCAAACCAGUGCUAGUGUCCCUUUAUCUGGGUGGGCUGUCCAGACGGCUUCUUCUGAAAAUGUAAUUCAACUUACUCAAAAUAGACCUCAAGAUACUAGCACCAAUCCAGCUCAUCCUACCUUCCCAAAGGUUUUUGUAGUCGCAUCCACAUCAAACAUCUCCACACCAGUAUCAAGCAUCACCACUACUUCUGCUUUUCCAGGAUCAAGGGUCAGGUUUAUGAGUCCCUCUGCCACUACUUGCUCUACGAUUACUGUUGCCAAAGGGUAUAUAACAUCAGAGUCUAAUAUUACUGUCACAAAUUCUUCAUCAGCAGUUGAUGUCAUGAAAGUUCAACCCAACCUUGGAGAAGUGAUUGGCAGUACAUCUGCUGGUACUCCGACUGAAGUCAAGGGCAUCAAUGUUACUGGUUUAACAGCUAGAAUAUUGGACAGAACUACAAUGGAAAGCAACAAAACAGCAGAACCUAGCACAAAAAAUGCACCUAUAAUGGUGUCCAGUGUACUAUCAAAUUCAUGUGGGCAAAUUUGUGACCAGAACAGCAACACUGCUGCAAAUAGCAGCCCAGCACUGAAUAUCAAUGGUCCUGUCAAAGUUACUGAAUCUGUUGAUGGCAGAAGUGUUAAAAUUUCCACUUAUGACAUUGGGCAUAUGGCUUCCUCUGAACUCCUUUCAGCAGUAAAUCAAAAGAGAGUUCCACAGUCACUGUCAACCACUAACUCGGUAUCAGACAUCCUAAAUAAUAGCUCAGAGCUAGUAGUUAGCAGCUCAGUUCCACAUAUAGGUUGUUCUGUAUCAGGAAGCCAAUAUAACAAAGGUACUACUUUAUCAAGUGGGGUGAUGCAGGACAAACCACUGGAUAGUACAUCCCUUAGUACGGCUUCCACAACAAUCAAACUUCCUGUCAUUGGCUCUAUGGCAAGGCUCUCUCAGCCUCUAGCUCCAAGCACCACAACAGCAAAACAUGCAUCAGACAACCCCGUUACUGUAACUGGAGCAAAAUCAGUAAUGGCGUCUUCGGUGAGAUCUACUAUAAAUACCAUCCCUGGUACCACAGCAGUACAGGAAAAAGUUUUGAUUAAUACUACUGCUCCACUUGCUCCUGGAACCCAACUACUUAUCAACAACACAAGGUUGGUUGUACCUGCUCAAGGACUUGCACCUGGAAGUCAUGUUCUAUUGAUCUCAAGUCCAAUUGUGCGUCCUACAGGACGACAGGGGACAAAUCUUGUAUAUCCUGCCCCGAGGGUAGCAGGUACUCUGAAUCAUCCUCCUGCUGCUCCAGUUGUUCAGGGUCUGAAAAUGGUAACACCUGGUAUAGGAUCACAGCAUACACCUGUCAGACAACCAACACCCAUCACAUCCAACAUUAAACAGCCUGUCUCUAUUAAUAAUCUUUUAACUGCAUUCAGGCUCCCACCAGUGUCCAUUCACUCUUCUAAUCUUGCACAAGUGUCUCAGUUAGGUACUGUCCAAUCAUCUGGGCAACAAACUCUGAACCAUGUUGUAAGACUACCUUCCUUUUUACUCCCAGAAGUGCAGGAAAACUCUGCUGCAUCUUCAUUUAUUGUUACCAGCUGCCCAAAAGAAAAUGUUACAGUUUCUGCUCAGUCACUGGGCACAACCACUCCAUGUCUUUUACAGACAGAACCUGCCACAAAAUUCAUAACAACAGUAAAACCUGGGAUUUCCUGGCCACCCCCGGUGGUCACUGUGUCGCCCAUGAGCAGUACGGUAUCAAGGAUGCAGACACUUCCUGUGGCAACUGUACCACCAAUUGGCAGUACAAUCAGUAGUAGUCCAACCACUUGUGUUGCAACAGUAUCUCCAUCUAUUAACACACUUUUAAUGGCAACCUGCCAACCAGUCCAGCCUGUGCAUCCUGGAAAUAUUAGAAUGACAGUCACAAGCCAUCCACCACAGGUUAAAAGCAAGACGCCAACACAAGUCUCAGUUGGGCAAACCAUCCAUGCUUCCAAUAAACUGUUGUUAAGUCCCGAUGGUGCUGUUCUGAAUGCACUUAGAUGCCCGUCUGUACAAAAUCUACCAGUGAAGAUGGAUAAAACAACAGUGGGCAUAAACACCUCUAAUGCACCUGCUUUUUACAAAUUAGAUUCAGAGAAAAUGGAAACAUCAGAUAAUCCAGAAUGAUCUAAUUACUCAAAAUGAGAAUAAUUCAUUUGAUUACUCUGUAAAACCCUUUCCCAUCAAUCUUUCUCAGAUCAAACUGUGUAAAUCUAUGGAAAAAGCACUAUUUUGUAUAUUGGACUCUUACAACACCUAUGGUGGGAAUGCUGUCAUGAGUUUUUAUCAAAUUUGAAUUGGAAUGGCCAGUAUUGUAUAUAGUAAAAUAUGUGUUUUCAUGUUCCUUUUCAAGUUUCAAUGGUUACUCUUCAGACAUGUUUUGUAGCAUUUUCUAAAAAAUUGACAUACAUUAAGUGAUGUUUUACUAUUUCAAGUGCUAUACAAGCUCAGUUAGCAUAUAUCUACCAUAUGUGUUCUGCUCACUCACACUUCAUGUCCAUGGUAAAAGAUUUGUUAAUAUAGAAUUUAGUAGAAACCGACUUGAUAUUUCUUCUCGCACAUGUGGAAACAUUAAAAGAGACAUUGCAGACUAAAGUGCCGCAAUACGGGGGAAGGUCGAUUUAUUUAACAAAUUGCCUGCCAUGGAAUUUUCAAAAUAUUUUGGAUCACUUGCAUCGGAUAUUGGAAAUAAAUCCAUUGCUUUGUUCCUUAUCA